AUGUCGAACUUUGUUAGACUGUUUCUGUCUGGAAACAAAAACGACGAUGAUGAGGAAAAGAAGAAUCAACAAAAUCAACAACCAACAUCUGGUAAUGAAGUAGCAACGACAGCAUCAACAACAAUUCAACCUCCGGUCGUAGUUGACAACAAUAAUGCGAGUGUUGCACAAGGUGGAGAGAAAGCCUUGUCAGCAGAUGAGAUUCGGCAACGAAGAUUAAAUCGUCUAAAUGCUCCUACAAGCGCUCCAACAACGAAUCAAGCAGCAUCAUCGACAUUGCAUUGCUCGAGCACACCGAUCAAAUCUGCAAGCAAUACUGUUCGCACUCCAAGCAGCAGUUCCAGCACGAAAUCGUCUAGUAGUAGUAGUGGAGGCGAUAUGAUGGAUACAAGAGAUGAUUUUAUAAAGCCUUCAUCGACAGCAAGUACUCCUUCAAAAUCAACCUCCGUCAAAUCAGAAGGAUACGAUGAUUCAUCCAAGAAAUUUAUUCAUGAUGCAAUUUCGAGGAUCUUUAAAGUGUGUUUGGCACCUUCAAAGAUUGAUCCCACAUUGCAUCAUUUGAAAGAUCUUGCGAAUGAAUUAUCGCAACAACAGGCACCACAACUUUUUACUGAAAAUCAUGUGGAGGGUGUUAUUGUGGAACGUGUUUCGAAAGGAUUUGAAACUAGCACUGACAAAACAAUCUUUGGUUAUUUGAUGGAAUGUUUUGAAAGAGCAGAAAAGGAAUUGAGUGUUGCUGAAACAAAAAAGAAAGAAGAUCUAAUCAAAUUUGUAAAAGGAUUGAAAGAACUCAUUGUCUCGUACUGUGGCAUUGUUUUAACAAAUCCUGACAUGUUCAGUCAACCUGAAAGUGUGGCAAAACAAGGACCUCUUCAACUCUUACCCUUUAUCUAUAGAGAUUUUCCAGGAACGUUCUUGCAAGAUUUUGUCGCAAGAUUUUCAAAGGACAAUACUUUAGAGAAAAUAUUUACUCCAAUAUUCACAGAAAUGUCAUCAAAAAUGCUGAAAUUAACGUUACUUGAUGACUAUACUCCUUAUUUAUUUGGGCUUAAAAGAAUAACAGCUAUCAAGGAGAUUGCUAUGAUUCUGGUGGGACACACUAAUUUCUUUCCAAAGAAAAGAGAUGGUUAUGGAUUUGAAUAUGAAUGCAUUUUGGGUCCAUUUUUCAAAAUCACUGCCUAUUAUGACCAACCAAAAGUUGGAGAACACUUUUUCCGUGCGGACAUUGAGAGGUUGACAAACCAAGAUGUCGCUAACAUUAAGGAACAAAUUCGAACAAAAAUAUCAAUGUAUCAUACUAAUUUACAUGGUAUAAUUAUGAACUUACUUAAACCAAAAGAAACAAGAGACAAGACAAUUGAAUGGUUGAUGUUGACGAUAGAUUCAAAUGCUUCUCGAGCUAAACUUCAAGCUGACCCAUAUUCUAUAGCCAGUGAAGGGUUCAUGACCAACAUGGCUGCAGUACUCUUAAAGCUUUGUGAACCUUUCCUUAAAAUUGAACCAAACAAAAUUCAAACAUCAAAAAUUCAGAGUGAUUUUGUAAUGAUGAAUAAUGAUCUCAAUUUUAAGCAUGACACAAAAUUCGCAAUGACUGAAAAAGACGCAGAAGAGUAUUACAAAACAAAACAACCAACUGACUUCUCAUUCAUUACACAGUCCUUUUUCAUGGCGUACCGAUGUCUUCACAUUGGUUAUCUUGUCACUCAAGAAAGAUAUCAAAAUGCUCUCAAGAGACUUGGAGAGUCUCAACGAGUGUAUGGAACAAAUCAAACUCCAGAGCUUAGAAAAGAAAUUGAUUUGUUGUACAUUGUAAGAUGGACUGCAGAGACACAUCUUUUUGAUCCUCAACUUCUUAAGCUAAUGACAGAUUUUUAUAGAUUCAGUAGCAUUUGGCUCAUCCAAAUGGCAGAUCCUGUCAAUCACAAAAAUUAUCCAAGCACUCCAUGUGUUGCUCACCUACCAGCCGAAGUUCCAAAGGAUUUUGCUUCCAUGUCAGAGUUUUUCCUUGAAGAUAUUGUUAUUGCUCUAACCUUCUUACUCAGAUUUAAACCCGAGACUUUGAAUCUAGUCGUAUUAGAUGAAAUUUUUGACAUGAUGGCCAUGUUCCUUCAUAAUUCUCAUUACGUCAAAAACAGAUAUCUACUUGCAAGACUACCCGAGUUCUAUUGUGCCUUGAUUCCUCAAGGAGUGCAUGAUGUCCUAUCACCAAAGUUAGUUGAAUAUCUACCCAAUCACAAAUAUUCUCAACAACAUCUUACUUCAGGGUUGAUGAAUCUUUACGUUGAUAUUGAAUAUGAGAGUUCCUUCUAUGAAAAAUUCAACUACCGUUACUACAUUUCCUUGUUAUUGAAAGACUUGUGGCAAUACAACCCGUACAAGCAAUCAUUUAUCAAGCUUUCAAGACAUUUAGAAGCUCACUCAAAGUUUAUGAAGUUCUUUAACGUUCUUCUCAAUGACUCGAUCUAUCUCUUGGAUGAAAGUCUUAAGGAUCUUCAAAAAAUUAAGGAAAUUCAAGUUGUGAUGGAUAAUACUGCGGAGUGGAGCAGCAUGACACAACAGCAAAAGCAAGAUAAGCUAAGCGCACUCGCUCAAUACGAGCGUAUGGUUAAAUCUUAUCUAUUGCUUGCCAACGAAACUGUACAUAUGUUAAGCUACCUUUCAAGGGACAUUCCACAACCUUUCCUCCGUCCAGAAAUGGUUGAUCGAGUCGCCUCCAUGCUCAACUAUUUCUUGGUCGAACUAGCAGGUCCACAAUGUCAAAACUUGAAGGUCAAAGAUCCAGAGAAGUAUCAAUUCAAUCCAAAAUAUUUAUUAACAGAAAUUACAGACACCUAUAUUCACUUUUCUCCCUAUGAUGAAUUCGCUAGAGCUGUAGCUAGAGAUGAACGGUCAUUCAAGGCAGAUGUGUUCGAACGUGUUGUUGCCAUCUUGAGAAAGAUUGGAAAAACGGAAGAAUAUGUCAAGAAGUUUGACACCUUUGCUUUGAAAGCACUCGAAGAAGCACAUAAACUUGUUGACGAGAAUGUAGACUUUAGUGACGCUCCAGAUGAAUUCCUUGACCCGCUGACUUAUACCAUCAUGGAAGAUCCUGUUCUAUUGCCACUUUCUAAUAUUUACAUUGAUAGACCAACGAUUGAACGACAUUUACUCAACAACAAUACUGACCCAUUCAAUCGAUCUCCUCUCUCUGUAGACAUGCUACAACCAGCACCAGAACUCAAACAAAGAAUCCAGGAAUGGAAAGAGUCAAAACGAAGAAAAUAA